UUUGCAGAUGCUUUUCAUCCCUGGUCGAGCAUAUAUCUAUCGACCAAAAAUACCACAACAAAACAAUUGUAAUUUUUGUUUCCCGACAAUUAAUUUGUGCGCCGCAAACAUGUCGCUUACAAUGCGAAUUUUUACACUCACGCGCAAUGGUCAGCGCAUGUUUGGCACUAACGGCGCACGCUUACUGGCCGCUAAAAAGGAGCCCAACGACAUCGUCCCCGUGGCUAAGGGCUAUGUUUACGUUAACAACAAGGAGUUGAGCAUGGAUAUGGAUGCUAUCACAGAUCGUGCUGCUACCACAAUGUUCUUUGGCGAACUUUUCCGUGGGUUUGCCGUAACAUUGGCACACAUCUUUAAGGAGCCGGCAACGAUUAAUUACCCAUUUGAGAAAGGGCCACUAAGUCCACGUUUCCGAGGUGAGCACGCCCUUCGGAGGUAUCCAAGCGGCGAGGAGCGUUGUAUUGCCUGCAAGCUGUGUGAGGCUAUUUGCCCCGCUCAGGCAAUUACUAUUGAGGCCGAGGAGCGUGCGGAUGGCAGCAGGCGCACGACUCGAUACGAUAUUGAUAUGACAAAGUGCAUAUAUUGCGGUUUCUGUCAGGAGGCUUGUCCGGUCGAUGCGAUUGUUGAGGGUCCAAAUUUUGAAUUCUCGACAGAGACACAUGAGGAAUUGCUCUACAACAAGGAGAAGCUUUUGUGCAAUGGCGAUAAGUGGGAAUCGGAGAUAGCAUCCAAUCUGCAAGCCGAUCAUCUGUACCGCUAAUUCUUCUCUGUACAUAUUAGAUU